GCUUGUGUCGGGAAAGGAAUCCUGAUUGGCUGGUUGGAAGAUCCUGAAAUCAAGGUUACCUCUCUGAGAAAACCACAUCAAUGGCCAAGUUACAGUGGAAAACCUUCCUAUCCCCACUCCUGGGGACUGGGUUUAUGGUCACCAUAUUCAUGAUGACCAUUUGGGAGGCAGAGGGGACCAACACAGAAGACCCCAUUGACUUGCCCAAUUCCUCAUGUUUUGGGUCCUUCCAAUGUAACCUUGGGAUCAUUCUCCCAAUAUGGUACCCGCAGAACCCGUCCUUGGGAGACAAAGUUGCCAGAGCUAUUGUUUAUUUUGUUGCCAUGCUGUACAUGUUCCUGGGAGUCUCCAUCAUAGCUGAUCGCUUCAUGGCAUCCAUCGAAGUCAUCACUUCGCAGGAGAAGGAGAUUACUAUCACGUUACCCAACGGUGAGACCAGCAUUGCCACUGUGCGAAUCUGGAACGAGACGGUCUCCAACUUGACCCUGAUGGCCUUAGGCUCCUCAGCACCGGAAAUUCUCUUGUCACUCAUUGAGGUAUGUGGGCACGGCUUCCUAGCUGGAGAAUUGGGACCUGGCACAAUUGUCGGCAGUGCAGCAUUCAACAUGUUUGUCAUCAUUGCCGUAUGCAUCUAUUGCAUCCCUGACGGUGAGGUUCGGAGAGUCAAGCAUUUGCGUGUGUUUUUUGUUACAGCAUCGUGGAGUAUUUUUGCCUAUAUCUGGAUGUACCUGAUCCUAGCAGUCUUCUCUCCAGGCGUUGUCCAGAUUUGGGAAGGGUUGUUGACCCUCAUGUUCUUCCCAGUUUGUGUAGUCUUUGCUUGGAUUGCUGAUAAGAGGUUACUCUUCUACAAGUAUGUCUACAAAAGAUACCGGGCGGAUAAGCGCAGGGGCAUCAUUAUCGAGACGGAGGGAGAGCUCCCCAAGGGGAUUGAGAUGGAUGGGAAAAUGAUCCUGGAGCAUGGAGACAGUGUCCUUCCUGAUGGAACUGUGAUUAGUCUGGAAGCCAAAGACUUAGACGAGAGUCGUAAAGAAGCCAUCCGCAUUCUCAAGGACCUCAAGCAAAAGUACCCAGAUCGAGAGCUGGAACAGCUGGUCGAGUUGGCCAAUUAUUAUGCCCUGCUCCAUCAGCAAAAGAGCCGGGCCUUCUAUCGCAUUCAAGCUACCAGAAUGAUGACUGGCGCUGGGAACAUCUUGAAGAAGCACGCUGCCGAUCACGCAAAGAAGACGACAAACCUUCAGGAGGCGAGGCCUGACCCAGCAGAGGAGAUGUGCAGCAAAAUUUGCUUUGAGCCUGCCAGCUACCAGUGCUUUGAGAAUUGCGGGCUUGUCACUCUGACCGUCAUGUGCAAAGGUGGAGAGCUGAACAGCACCUUCUACGUAGACUACCGGACAGAAGAUGGCUCAGCCAACGCUGGGUCGGACUAUGAAUACAGUGAAGGCACCCUGAUCUUCAAACCAGGCGAAACAACAAAGGAGAUCACGGUAGGCAUCAUUGAUGACGAUAUAUUUGAGGAAGACGAACAUUUCUUUGUCCGUCUUGGGAACCUCAGGAGUGGAGAUGCUGAAGGCAUGUUUGACUCGGAUCCAACAGACUAUCCCAAGGGGCGCCUUGUUUCCCCCUUGGUUGCUACGGUGACAAUCCUGGAUGACGACCACGCUGGCAUCUUCACAUUUGAAGACAAAAUUUACCAUGUGAGUGAGAGCGUUGGUGUCAUGGAGCUGAAGGUGUUGAGGACCUCUGGCGCUCGAGGGACUGUAAUCAUACCAUACAGGACAGUGGAAGGCACGGCUAGGGGAGGAGGAGUGGACUAUGAGGAUUCCUAUGGGGAACUGGAGUUUCUUAACGAUGAGACUGCGAAGACAAUCCAGGUGAAAAUUGUGGAUGAUGAAGAGUAUGAGAAGCAGGAAAACUUUUAUGUUGUCCUGGAAAAACCAAGAUGGAUGAAACGUGGAAUUUCAGCUCUCUUAUUGGCUGAUGAUGAAUCCAACGAAAAACUGACUGCAGAGGAAGAGGAGGCCCGGCGCAUUGCAGAAAUGGGGAAACCCAUCCUGGGAGAACAUUCCAAAUUGGAGGUCAUCAUUGAAGAGUCAUAUGAAUUUAAGAGUACUGUGGAUAAGCUGAUAAAGAAGACAAACCUGGCACUGGUGAUUGGUACACACUCAUGGCGGGAGCAGUUUAUGGAGGCCAUUACAGUCAGUGCUGGCGAUGGUGAGGAUGAAGAUGAUACCCGGGAGGAGAAGCUGCCUUCUUGUUUUGACUACGUCAUGCAUUUCUUGACAGUUUUCUGGAAAGUUCUCUUUGCCUUCGUUCCUCCCACUGAGUACUGGAAUGGCUGGGCUUGUUUUGUCAUCUGCAUGACUGUGAUAGGUUUACUCACAGCUUUCAUCAAUGAUCUGGCUUCACAUUUUGGCUGCACAGUUGGGUUGAAGGAUUCUGUGACAGCAGUGAUUUUUGUGUCACUUGGCACCUCUAUACCAGAUACUUUUGCCAGCAAGGUUGCAGCACUUCAAGACCAAUAUGCAGAUGCCUCCAUUGGGAAUGUGACAGGAAGCAAUGCUGUAAAUGUGUUCCUGGGUAUUGGAGUUGCUUGGUCUGUUGCUGCCAUCUACUGGGCUGCUAAGGGGAAAGAGUUUAAAGUAGAUCCCGGCACACUGGCCUUUUCUGUCACACUUUUUACCAUCUUUGCCUUUGUUGCCGUCAGUGUACUCCUGUACAGAAGACGGUCACACAUAGGUGGUGAGCUUGGAGGUACACAUCGCGGCAAGAUCCUAACCUGCACCAUGUUUGUGAGCCUUUGGUUGCUGUAUGUUGUGUUUUCAGCUCUGGAGGCCUACUGUCAUAUAAAGGGUUUCUAAGACUGGAGAGCUUUCUUUUGCUUUACAAAGAGUAAGCUCCUCCUGAAGCUGCCAAAGAGAUGGAGAGGCAGCCUGAUGCAUUCCAAUCCCAGAGAAGCCACUUUCUCACCACAGAAAAAAGAAGAACUUCACUGGCAAAGAAAAGAGGCAAAAUCCAGCUGUUGAGUUGUCUUGCCUUGUCAAAAGGUUCUAAUACUGGUUGUAGCCAGCAGCCAAAAUAUCUUCAAGAAAUCACCUGCGAAAGGUUUUUUAUUCAAAUGGAUUUAGACUUUUUUACAUCAGCGAACUGAGCUUUCUGUGUUACAAAUAUCGAAAAGAAGCCAGCCGCUAAAGAAUGGUAUUUCGGCAAUGUAUAGGACAAGAGGCCAGCAACUUUGGCCCAGCAGAUAUCUGUCUUGUACUGUUGUUACAACUCAUCUCACUGAAUAAGCUGUUGCAGUAGCUGAUGAUUUAUUUUGAACAGUAGAAAAUUAAAUCAUGACACUGAUAGUGAAAUAAUUGGAGAAAAUCUGCACAUUCCAUGAAGGUGUAUAUUUGUUAGAUGUGUGCAGUUGUCAUUGGUUCUGUGUACUUUUAUUUAUCUUGCUGUAAAUCCUGGUGUACAAGUUGCAUCUUGAUAACAAUUUUGUUUGUCGGAGUGACAUAUACGCUGAGCCAACUUUCCCUAAAAACUGAGGAUCAGUGUAGAAUCCAAAUUCAUGGUAACUUUUCCUGUGGUGGAUUUUAUUGCUCUAUUAUGCAUUUAUUAAAGCUGCUGCAGCCACAAA